AUGACCUCUGUGGGUUCUGCAAUGGCGCAACCUAUUGCAGGCAUAAAGGGUGAAGAUGCGAUUUCCAACCCGGCUAAUGGCAAAGUUGCUGAGCGAUCUUCCAUCGCCAGCUCCCACACUGCCCAACGGUUAUCUCCCUCCGGCUCUCUAGACCAGGCUCAAGUCCCCGAUGAUAGAGCUCAGCGCCGGUCUUUGGAUGAUUCACGCUCGAGCCUGAAACAAACAAGAUCACGCAGUAGUGCGCGCACAUCUGCUUCUAUGACGCUCCCCGACACUGUUCCGGCUGGUUGGACUAAAACCGGCCAGCGACGCAAGCAAGAACGAGACUCGCAAUCAACAAUCGAUCCCCCACUUUCUCCUACCGGACCCAAUACGGUAGAAGACCGUAAUACGGGCUCUUUGGUGUCGUCUCUUAGCUCUGUAUCUCUCCAAAGUGUCGGUGUCAGUAAGAGUGUCUUUGCUCUUCCACGUGGAACCAUUGAAAUGAACGAGAUCGGCGAGGUCGGUGAAACAAGUGCUCUCAGUAACGAGAGCGCCCCCAAUAGUGCGAAUACAACAAACACAUCUCAUUCUACUCCCGUGGUUGUUAGCGACAUGAGCCGCUUCGAGGACGCGGUGGAGGACACGAGUGGGGAGGCCAUCAGCGGUGAUAACAGUAGCAGCAGCAGCAGCAGUACGAGCAGCUCCAACGAUAAUGACAGUACAGGUGAUGGACCACGGCCUCCUACCACUGCUGUUAGUUUAACAUCACCCCGUCAAACCCCGAGACAGGCAAGUGCUGGAAGCGCUACCCAGCCUGAGGUGGCAACACCUCGAAGUGCGGCUGCUAUUUUGGCAGAGAAAACUGGUCUUCGUCGUGGGUCUUCAUCCUCCUCUUUGAACUCAGCCCCGUUAGCGCUUUCGUCUCCGCCGCCUCCCCUGCCGGCCACAACGGCUGCCCGACAAGUGGAAAUGCCCAAAUCGCCUCCCCCUGCGGCGCCGGUCGUCGCAUCAAUUGCCACUCCUAAAACUCCGCAUGUCUCAAGCCCUCGCCGGGCGACGACUCCUAGCAGCCUACGCAAUAAGUUAUCCAACUUUGUGAGCUCUUUCCGAACAGAGCGAAAAAGCGUUCGUGAGCGCAACAUCUCGGAACCCUAUAACCUCAAGCAUGUGACACAUGUUGGCUACGAUGCUGAUACCGACCAGUUUGUUGGUAUUCCUCCUGAAUGGCAAAAGCUGCUGAGUGACUCCGGGCUGACGUCGAAAGAUGUGCAAAAGAAUCCUCAAGGGAUCGUGGAUGUAAUGAAUUUCUAUGCCCGGGAACAGAUUGAUGGUGACAACCACUUCUUCUCCAAGUUUGGGUUCCGCAAGGAUACUAGCAAUUCAUCUAGAUCAAGCGGACUUGCAUCGCCUUUCAUGUCUCAAGAUGAGAUCUCUUCCCCUGAUAUGUCAAUUUCAAGUAACUCCGCGUCACUUUCAGGCAUGUUUGUGCCAUCCCGUGCAGCACCCAAACCUCCUUCAGGUGAUAAACCUAAACGCACACUUUCACUUCGACAGCAUGCAGCACCAGCCGCUCCCAAUCUAUCUACUGCCACACUAAGUCCACGAGUUCUUCCGAAGGGUCCCCCUCCACCCCGGCCACCUCCUGCUCCGCCGUUGGGGGUUCCAACUUUGACAUCCGACUAUAUCGAUAAAGUCUCAAAACAGUUCCCUGAUGGCAAAGUGGUGUCACAACGGUUGCGUACACCAAAAUUGCAUCAAGCUGGUGGUCGGUCGUCACCUACAUUGCCGAGCCGUAUGGUGCAUGCAAUUGCCAACUCACCUGGUGCUGUUGAUUCUUCAAGGACCGUCACCACCGCUGCACCAGCCCCUCCUGCUAUGUCGCCAGAGGGCCAUCACGUGCUUUCACCUCGACAUCGCCCCACGGGCUCCAACGGCUCGUCACCGGCUAUUUUGCAGGCAACUACGGCUACUGCCCCUGCUACCAAGCCUCUGGCAACUGUUAUUGUUGAAAGUAAGUCUGCUACGACUGCUACACCUAACCCCAGCACCGAGGUGCCUGAUAAGGAGAAAGAACUCCAGGCCCUGGAGCAGACGUUAGCUGCGCAACGUCGUGAUCCCAACGAGACGCCUGAAGCUGCACAAAAGCGACGGGAUGCUCGGCUUGCUCGAGAUCGGGAAGCGAUUUCUCGUCUUGAAUUGAUGUGCACACCAGCCAAUCCAACUAAGCUCUUCCGCAAUCUGCAUAAAAUUGGCCAGGGAGCGUCCGGCGGUGUCUAUACUGCUGAGAGUAUUUUGGAGCAUCGUCAGGUUGCGAUUAAACAGAUGAAGCUGGAAAAGCAGCCCAAAAAGGAUCUUAUUGUGAAUGAGAUUAUUGUCAUGCGCCAAAGCAAGCACCGCAAUAUUGUCAAUUUCAUUGACUCUUACAUUCAUCAGGGAGACCUUUGGGUGAUCAUGGAGUACAUGGAGGGUGGUUCAUUGACAGAUGUCGUGACGUACAACAUGAUGACGGAGGCGCAGAUUGGCGCGGUAUGCCGUGAAACCCUUGCUGGGUUGGCACACCUCCAUGCCAAUAACGUUAUUCACCGUGAUAUCAAAAGCGAUAACGUCCUCCUGUCCAUGGCCGGAAACAUCAAGCUGACAGACUUUGGCUACUGUGCACAACUGAAUGAAAUACAAAAUCGCCGUAACACCAUGGUAGGCACGCCGUACUGGAUGGCUCCAGAGGUCGUGACCCGCAAAGAGUACGGGCCAAAGAUCGAUGUUUGGUCGCUGGGGAUCAUGGUCAUUGAAAUGAUUGAGGGCGAGCCGCCGUACCUGAAUGAGCCGCCUAUCAAAGCCCUGUACAUGAUCAUCUCAAACGGCACGCCCAAGAUUAAAGAUCCGACCUGUCUUUCAGCUCAGUUCCGCGACUUUAUCGAUUGCGCCUUGCGAGUGGAUGUCGAUCAGCGCUGGUCCGCCGACGAAUUACUCAAGCACCCGUUCCUGCAGCACGCCGAUAACGUCUCAUCGCUGGCGCCCCUCGUUCGGGCUGCCCGCACCGCUAAAUCUACAGAGCAUUAA